GUUCAGUCACAGCUCUAUCAUAUUCCAGCUGACAUUCUUGCAAGACGGUCCAAUGUCUUUGCAAAUCUAUUUUCAUUGCCUCGCACUGGAAUCCGUCAGGAUGAGGGCCGUUCGGAUGAAUCCCCAAUCGUACUGGAUGGACAUUCCAGUGUAGAUUUCGAUUGUCUUCUCGAUCACCUUUUUGGAAGGUCUGAUACGGAUGAACCUAGUCCUGCAAACACUGAAUCUGUUCCCUUUCUGAUCUCGCUCCUUCAAAUGGGCACCAUCUUCGACAUCGAAGUCGCAAAGUCUCACGCAAUCCGUCGCCUCGAAACCCAUCCAGAUCUUGAAUUGACAACGAAACUCCAGCUUUGCCACCGCUUCAGAAUCAUUACGUGGCUUUCUCCGACGUUCAAGGCACUGGUGUCCCAACCCAUCGAAAAUCUUGAUCCUUCAAGUUUGGGACGAAUUCCUACUCAUAUCUUGCAUGCUCUUAUUCAAGUAAAGCAUCAGAUCAUGACACACAGGUUAACACUAGCAGCCAUCGCACCCCCUGCAAUCGGAGGAUUUUCUUGCCUCACGCCAGCAACAUGUGCUCUUGAAUGGGAGUCAGCUUGGAAGGAAGGGCCGGCAGAGAUGUUGCGUCAUCCAGACAUCUUCUAUGCGGGUCGUGAUAUCCUUGCUGAGCUUGUGUCUGCUGACCUGUCACCUGUUUGCCUAGAUUGUGUGGAGAUGUCCGUCUUUAAUGUCAAGGACAGUGGCUGUCUGCUCAUGGAGGAAAAUUUUGUCGAAGACAUGCUUGUAGUAUUGACAACAUGGUUAAUGAAUCAGUAG